UCACAUGCUUUACGCACGGUGCAGGUUAGUUAGGGUUUCUUUAAUACUGGAUUCUUUUUUACCACAAAUGUAAUAUUGCAUUGUUGAGCAAAUGAAAUCAUGUAUGCAUGAAAUCUGGCAGAAUAUUUAAUACCUUUGCACAUCACACACCACCACAGGUACAACUUGUCCAGUGACGUAUUAAAGGUAUAUAUGUACAUUAUUGAGGAUGAGUCUGCCUACCUGGCGUAAUAAAUAAAAAAAGGUACACAGUAAAGUAGUCUUUAGACAAUCUCUGAGAAAACAGGUGGUUUGCUGGGGUAGGAAAAAAUAGUUAUAAAAAACUGUCAAUUUUGUUACGUGCUGAGAUUUGCUAAGACAUAAGUUGGUUCUGCAAAUAGACACAAAGUGUAAAAAUUUUGUGUAUAAUACAGAUGCAUUUGUAAUAAUGAUCAUUCUGAUCCUUCCCCUUAAAAUAUUAGAUACGUAUUGCCAUUUUUUUCUGCAAUCCGUUUAAUAUUCAAUCCUCGCAUAAUUAAUUCAAUCAUGUUAUUCUUCUGCUAACCCAACCACUAUUCUGCAUGCAACAAGUAGACUCAACGUCGUUUCGUAGUCAUCCAUCGUCAUUCUGUAACGGGAUCCACUUUGGAAUUCCAUUCUAUUGACGACCGUGAAAGCUGUCGUAUCUCAAAUGCAGUGAAAAAAAUAAACAUUUCGACAUCUUGGGACGAUUUAAACCAUUAUUUUUAAAGGGAAUUUGCGGUUAACACGUAAGAAUGCUGCCGACAAUAUUAACUCCUCCGUGUAGUGGGCAUGAUUACAGAAAAAGUGCAGUAUCUACAUAAGUCUUAAGCUUAUCGUAAAAAAUUUCUCAUUUUUUACGAUUUUUGUUGCAAGUUAUUGCAAAAUAAGUGAGUGAAAGUGUAUUACGCAACGAACGAUAAGGAUGAGUCGGAUCCUGGACCUCGGCGUAAUCUCGUUGUCCAUGUCGCUCUCCUUCCUCCUCGCGCGAUUCGUAACGAUAAGCUUCGGCUUUGUUCUCAUCUCGUUUGCAGCCUCCACGAAGCAUUACGAGGUGGGGAACGUGUACAGUUAUGACUACGUCGUUAAACUGGAGAUGAACGAGCCGGCCGGUUUAUCCGAUGACCAGGCACCUCCUCCAGGGUCAACCGUGGGGUAUAAAAUUAUCACCAAGGUGGAAGUCAAGCCGGUCUGGCAGAGUGAGACGGGAGGCUCAAUUUUGGAAAUUUUGCUUGUCAAACCCCACCUUCAAAUCAAAUCGGCUCGAUCUCCAGAACCAGAAGGGUUCCGAGAUCACAGCUCAAAUCUUGACCACGCCAAAAUCCACCCGUUCUUCAUCCACUGGAAGGAUGGCCAAGUGCAAGAAACUUUUUCCGUGAAAAGUGAUGACGUUUCGUUAGUCAACGUCAAAAAAGGGAUCGCCAAUAUUCUCCAAAUCAGCGCCACGGAUGAGAAGGAACGCACAGAGACAACUCCGGCGGGGAAAUGUUUCAUAAAAUACGACAUUACGGACGCUUUCCACUUGACAAAGACGAUCAAAAAGGGAUCAAAGUGUGACACGACGGGCCUAGAUUACGCUUUCCGAACGAAUAACAAUCCUGUCCUGGGGUCAGAAUUGGAAUCGGAGGUGUUUUCCAAAGUGACCAUGUCGAGAGAUUCUGGCGUCGUAGAGGACGUUCAAGUCUCGGAAAUGCAUGUUGUAAGAGUUACGGCGAAGAAGGAGGUUGGUGCUACGAUACAUGGGUCGCAAACAUUUAAACUGAGUGAUACAAGCACAAGUUCCAAUACUUUUAAGGGGUCGAGUGUCGACGCUGUUGUAAAAGCGAUAGAAAAAUUGACGGGACUCAAUUUGGUGCGGGACAGCCUAUCUCCAAAAUGGGAGAAAUCACCAUAUUGCGAAUCUGCGACAUGCAAAACGACAUCGACUUUGAGUCAAUCAUUAGCACCGGAAAAUAUGGCCACGACCAAAAUGGCGUCCGCAUUUCUUCAAAUGGUUUCUAAAUUUAGGGAAGCAAAGGCUCAAGAAAUUCAGCAACUCUUAAAACCAAAGUCUUCAAUUUUUCCCCAAAUCCUUGACGUUUGUGCCGCAGCAGGGACAUUUGAGACGCAUCAGGCCGUAAUGAAAACGCUAAACUUUCACUUGGAGGAUGACAUCACAUUGCCCGAAAGAUAUCUUUUGGGCCUUGCACUUUCUCCAUCCCCACCACCCGAAGUUCUUCAGGACUUAUUCAAACUCACCAAGAGAUCCGUCCCCUCUGAAAAAUUACAGGAAUCUCUCAUUCUCACCACGGCCGCGAUAGCGCACACAAUUUCUGAAAAGAACCGGAUAACUCGUCUCCCACAAAGUCGCCUCUUUCUCGAAAUUGAGGAAUAUCUUGUCAACGCACUGUCCUCAUGCGAUGGGGAAACUGCCUCCCAGUGCAGCCAACUAUAUCUCAGAUCACUAAAAAAUUUAAAAUCCAAGUCCACUGUCCCAACCUUAUUCGACGUUUUGACCACGAACGACCAGAAAUCCGCCAUUGUCGCCAUGAAAUCACUCCACGCCAUGCCAGAUUCUUACAUCGACCCAAAGUAUAGACCACUCCUUAUCAAGAUUGUGCUCCAACUUGGGAAAAAAUACGACUCUUCUGUCCGAACGUUAGCCCUCGACCUGAUUUUACGCAACCAUCUCACAAAACUCGAACUCCGAGAGGUUGUCAGCUUCCUCCUGGACAAAGUAUCCGACAAACAACACGCCGAAGUUGCCACCUUCAUGUGGAACAGAGUGGCCGAGUUUGCCGAGAUGAAUCCCUCCUUAGGAAUUUAUUUCUCUGAAGCAAUUAAGGAACUCAACCUCCAAACGUAUCAUCAUUUAUCGCCGCGUGGACUGUCGACCGCCUUCAAUCGCUACUUUACUUCAACGAGGAGUGGAAAUAGCAGCUUUUCUAAUGCGAUUGAAAUGUCGGGGAAAAUUUUGAAGCGUAGUUUGUUCGACGUUUUUGUCCGUAGUGAGAACAAUGCAGUGCAACUCUUAUCGCUCGGAAUAUUUGCUGAUGGACUUGCCUCCUUCGCCAGCGAUGAUAAUGAACCCCUAUCUCCCGAGGAGGAGGAAGUCGACGCCACGGCGGGGAUGGAGUUGACCUUGAUGGAAGUGCAGACUCGGCCCUUAGUAUUUUUCGUAGGCAAAGGAGAACUAAUGGGGCUCGUCUGGUCGGGGGCAGGGUCCGAGCGGACCUCUGCGAUUCAGGGCAACGUUCUGCUACAAGACGACAAAAAAGUUAUUCCACUCUUUAACGGACUUGUAGCAGAGGUUAACAUUCUCGGUGGCUUAUCGUUCGACUUGGCUGGCCAAGUACAAAUUUCCCUGUGGCAUCGGACUGCUAACUCGCUGGUGGAAAACAAGGCAGGAUUAGUGCUUCAAAGUGUUGUUCGUGCCGACACCUCCUUCGUCAAAAGUAGGGUCGAUUACACAAUUGCGACCGAAGCCGCAUUACACUUUACAUCCGAUAUCAACUUUUACCAAGGCGUUAUCAUGUGCUUGAAAUUGACCCAGCCAGAGUUUAAGAUUAGACAAAAUAUUCAUAAGACUGAAAGAAUACCAGGAAGCAAGCACAAGUUGAGGAAAGCGAAAUACAAAACGAUCCCCGUCCCCGGAUUGACUUAUGCCCUCAACAAGAAAAAUUCCGAACUUUGCGGCGUAAUGUACAAGGACAAGGAGGAAUUGUGAAUAAUUUUUUUGGGAAAAUAAUGCCGACAUAAUUAACAAAACAUGCACUGAAAAUGAAGGAAAUGCAGAUUUUAAUAUGGAUGCGUGUCUUUGAUCGUACAAUAAUGUGAUAUCUAAUGAUAAGUAAAAUAUAGAUUUAUGUAAUAAUUUAUUACUCCUUCAAAGUCAGGAAGGAAUAUUAUGUAUGCAGCUCAAUACUUCAUCUUAUGUUGUUUUAAAGCGAAAAAUAAAUGCAAAUACCAAUUUUACGAAA